AACAAAGAGUUAAAGAACAAUGGAAGAUCGUAAAGUCCAUCACGCCUUGUUGGGUUUAUUAUUCACUGCUGCAAAAAGUAAUUUAUGCAACCCUGAGCAGAUAUAUAUUGUUAUUUUAUCGCUAUUCUUGGCUUUUAAUGGCUGACGACAACCUAGCGACUCAGGAGGUAGGGCGGACAUUAAACAAAGAAGAAAAUAAGGAGCCUGUAGUCCAAAAUCCUACAAUGGCAGAUGAUCGUUCGGGACUUUUGACGAGCAUGGAGAUGGCGGAAAAGAAGAAGAGCAACUCGAUCAAAAGUUUAUACUUUGAGGAUGGUAUUCGGCAGAUUGAUCAUAUGCUUGCCUACGAAAUUGUUGCUGGAGAUGAUGAAAAAGAAGCUGCAAAGAAAGAGGAAUAUCGCCAAACAUAUAUAAAAAAUUUGCAGUCCAAAGGAUUGGAAAUAGAACAUGCAGAAAUCAGCAGUGGAGACCAGGGAAAAGAAGCCUAUGGGACGUUUGACGAAAGUAAAAAGCAGGAAAGUGAUGUUCGUUUUAUUAAAGUCCACGCCCCAUUUGAAGUGCUCUGUGACACCGCUGAAGAUAUGAAGAUGAAAAUGCCGAUCGCCGAAAAUGACAUCUAUAUCAAAGAAUGGUAUGAGAAAUUGGGUGGCGUGUACGACUUUUUUAAAAAGUUCGAUCCUUUUGAAAUUCGCGACCCAGCAACAAAGCCAGAACAGAAGUACUUUGUCACGCAUUUCGAUAAAGAUAGAUUACAAGAAUACAUUAACGGUGACAAACCAGAUCAGUUUUUUUCAGUAGCUGAGCGUGGAAGAUUAGUUUUUUACAUCCUAGAGAAAACCAAAUUUGGUCCAAAAGAGUUAGACUUGGGUGUAUUCAACUUGCAACACAAAGGCGUCUUUAUAGACGCUUACCCCCUUCACGAUGGACAGGUGCGUGAGGAUUCCAGCCUACCGCCAGUUAACGACAGACAGCGUCUACAAGCUGAUUGGGCUACAAUGAAAAGAUUUUUUAAGUACCAACCGAUACCAGCUAUCAAGGAUUAUUUUGGGGAAAAGAUUGCCCUCUAUUUUGCAUGGCUUGGUUUUUACACCAUGUUUUUAGUCCCUGCUGCGAUUGUUGGCUUCCUCUGUUUCCUCUACGGCGUAACUUCAGCUUGGGAUUAUGUACCGGUGAAAGAAAUUUGCAACCCGUCAGACAAAAACGGCACACACUUGUUUUAUAUGUGCCCGUUAUGUGACAAACUGUGUUCGUAUUAUCUACUGCAAACUCAAGGAUGUAUGUAUAGUAAAAUCACCCAUUUUUUCGACAAUGAAGCUACAUUAUUUUUUGCAGUGUUUAUGUCGCUUUGGGCCACCAUCUUUCUCGAGUUUUGGAAAAGAAAACAAGUCACAUUGGCUUACGAUUGGCACACGAUGGAUUUUGAAGAAGAAGAAGAAAGACCACGCCCGGAAUAUUUGGCAUCUGUCACCAGAUUGAAGGAGAACCCAGUCACACUUAAGAUGGAACCAUACAUGCCUACUGGUCAAAGAAUGACUCGACUAUUUGGCGCGUUUGGUGUUGUUGUUUUCUUCAUCAUUCUUGUUUUGGCUGCCAUUACUGGCGUAAUAGUUUUCCGCGCUGCAUUUUACGCCUUCUUGAUUGGUCAAAGAAAUCAGUUAAUUCGUCAGCGAUCAAAAAUUGUCAACUCUGCAUGUGCUGCUUGUAUUAAUUUAGUCGCUAUCAAUCUUCUCAAAUUUAUCUACCAAAGAAUUGCUGUAAAAAUUACAGACUGGGAAAAUCCUCGAACGAAGACGGAUUACGAGGACAGCUUUACAGUUAAAAUGUUUUGGUUUCAAUUCGUUAACACCUAUUCGUCCAUCUUCUAUGUGGCGUUUUUUAAAGGUGAAUAUUUCACUGGUACUCCAGGGCAGUACAAACGAUUCACCAAUAAAAAUUUCCGUUUCGAUGGUUGCUCCGUGCAAGGUUGCUUUCUUGAGUUAACCGUGCAACUAAUAAUCAUUAUGGUUGGCCAACAAAUCAUCGGCAAUAUCAUGGAAAUUGUCAUCCCUUACUUAAAAAACAAAUUCCGAGACUGGAAGAACCGCAAGACACAAGCUUACUCUGCUGCUGAUGAACCACAGUGGGUGACAGAUUUCGAAUGUGAAAUGCAAACGAAAUUCUCGCUGUUCUGGCAGUAUCUUGAAAUAGUUCUUCAAUACGGUUUUGUUACGAUGUUUGUGGCUGCGUUUCCGCUCGCUCCCUUUUUCGCCCUGGCUAACAAUUUGGUCGAAAUUCGUUUGGAUGGUGUGAACUUCAUUCACAACUUUAGAAGGCCUGCUGCCGAACGUGCUGAAGAUAUCGGUGCCUGGUACGGUAUCCUAGCAACGCUGACCACAUUCUCCACCAUCGUGAAUGCUUUCGUACUUGCAUUCACAUCCGAAUUGAUACCUCGGCUGGCUUACAAAUACUACUUCUCAGAAACAAACGAUUUGCAUGGCUUUACUAACUUCACCUUGUCUUACUUCAAAGUAUCUGAUUUUAAAAACGCAUCUCGCCCUGAUAAUGCUACUUUAAAUGGCUAUCCAAUACAAGACUAUUGCAGAUACCCCGGGUUUCACGAAGAUACUUCUCCGUACAGGAGAAGCAAGGACUACUGGAUCAUUCUUGCUGCGCGAUUGUCUUUUAUCAUAGCAUUCCAGGCUUUCGUGUUGGCUGUCACGUUUGUUGUGGCGUACCUCAUUCCAGAUGUGCCGAAAACCUUGGAAUUGAAAGUGAAGCGUGAAAAUUUCAUCGCAUCAGAAGCAGAGAAAAACCACAAAGAGAAAUCUGGAAAGCGAAAGCCAAGACCAGAUGUGGAGAAAACUCACACGCAUCGUGAACCGGACGAUGGACCGGUUGACUCGGUUGGAGUUUAGAAUGAGCGUUUUUAGCGGCACGAUUUAAUGUUUUUUGAGUUAUUUCUUUUAAAAAAUUUGUACGUGUUUUCGUGAAUUAAGAAUGUAUAUAAAUUAAUUUUUGUCUCUGAACUUUUUUUACACAUUUUUAAUGUUUUGCUACACCUUUCUUAUUUGCUUUAUUUAUUUAUCACUACUUUUAUGUCAACUUCGUCUCCAGUGUCUGUAAACCUGCAAAUAUAUUCGUUUGUCUCUGAUAUUCAAGGUUGUCCAUCUUUUUUAUAUACACCGCAAAUCGAGAAUAUGAUUAACAUUUUCGCACGCCUUGUUUCGAGAGUAAGACUCGGUAUUUUUUUUAUUCUUCAGUGACAUAGUGUAUUUUUCAGUGACAUAGUGUAUUCUUCUAUUUUUGUUUGGCAAUAAGCCCUCCUUCGUUGGGUAUGUUUUUGUAGUGUUAUAAAUAUGAGAUUAGUUUAGUUGUGUUUGUCAGUUGUCAUUUCAGCCUUUUCAAUAUUGAUAGCUUCUUCGUCACGUUGUAAAACAUUUAUGAAGAAAAUGGAAUAGUUAACCACAAAAGUAAAUUGAAGCGGCUGUUGCUGGGCAACUUUUAUCAUUUCCAGCAUGUGCUUAGUGAUAGAUUAAAUAAAUGACUAUUUUUGUACGAAAUAAAUUUUAAAUGAGAGAAAAUACUCACGGGAGAAUAUCAACAA